AUGGACGAUCGGGACCGUGGGGAGGAAGACAGGGUGGGUGAAUGGCUGAAUGGGACACGCGAAGAAAACAUGCGGCCAAGCAGCGAGCGCGCCCCCUCGACGUCGGACAAGAAAGAGUUGUUAAGCGAAGUAACGAAAUCUUUUGCGGGCGCUGUCGCUUGCGGUAGUGGCCUGAGAAGAGAUAAGCCAAGGUGGCACGAGGCGUGGGAGGAGCAGGAGGUUUUGCCAAUUUCGUUUCUUCACAAAUACUCUUCUAUUCAAAGCAUCAUUGACUGUUUUGAGAUACAAAUAAUGAAACCAUCUAGCCCCGUUUUCCAGUCAAUCACAUACUUGCAGUACAAAUCGUGCAAUACAUUGAAGUAUUUAAUAUCCUGCACUUCUUGUGGCUUCGUCACAUUUAUUUCCAAAGCAUUUCCUGGUCGUGCAAGUGACCAAAAAAUCGAUCGACGGUCUGGUUAUUUAGAUAUGAUACACCCAGGUGCAGGAGUGUUAGCUGAUCGUGGUUUCAAAAACGUGGCAACUGACAUAGCCACACUGGUAUCUAAUGAUGAACCGUUAUCUAAAGAAGACUCGAUUUUAGCGAAAGAAAUUGCUAGCGUCAGGAUCCAUGUUGAACGUUUCAUUAGGAGAUUCAGAGAGUAUAAAAUCUGGAUUAGUUAA